AGUGACGUAGUCGGUCUCGCCAUUCAAAAUCUGAAGGCUUCGAUGGUCCCUUCAGGUCAUUAUUCGGAUCUCUCGGGCUGGUAUUUCUUGCCAUAGUGAAUUCCAUUGAGAUCAGUGCAAGUGAACAAGACACAUCAUGGCUACAUCCGCCCCCCGUGUUUUGAUUCUGGGAGGCCAUGGCAAAGUCUCACUGUUCCUACAGCCACUGCUGCUAGCCAAACGCUGGAAUGUCACCAGUGUUGUUCGCAAUCCUGAGCAUGAGGCCGAAAUAUUGGCCCAGGGCAAAGGCAAGCCCGGCAAAAUUGACGUCUUGGUGGACAGUCUAGACGACGUCAAGGAAGCAUCACAAGCACAGCGAGUGCUUGAUAAGGUGAAGCCGGAUUAUGUGGUCUGGUCGGCUGGCGCUGGGGGUAAAGGCGGACCUUCACGAACAAAAGCUGUAGAUGAAAUUGCGGCAAAGGCAUAUAUCUCAGCCUCACUCGCAACGCCUAGUGUCACCAAGUUCCUGAUGGUCUCCUACAUUGCUUCGCGAAAGGGAUAUCCUCCCUGGUGGUCAGAAGAGGACAAGAAAGCUGCUGAUCAUGUCAACAAUGAGGUGCUACACAAUUACUAUCUUGCAAAGGUGGAAGCCGAUGAGCAUCUUGAAGCUUUGGCAAAGAAACGGUGGGAUAGUGGCGACGAGACAUUCCAAGCUAUCAAUCUAAGGCCGGGGACUUUGACUGAUACACCGGGAACGGGGAAGGUGAAGCUCGGCAAGACGUCUUCCCGUGGUAGCGUGCCGCGCGAAGAUGUCGCAGCUGUUGCAGCAGCGCUUCUGUCACGCAAUGACACACGAGGCUGGUUUGACUUGCUGGAAGGCGACCAGAAUAUCGAUGAUGCUGUUGAUGAGGUUGUGAGGAGUGGACAUAAUGGCCUGGAAGGCGAGGAUCUGGCGCGCAUACAUGCAAGGCCCACGUGAACAGAUUGAACUGGUGAUGAGGAAGAUAUGUCCAUCUUUUAACAAUUACCAAAGCAAAUGUCUUUGUAAACUACUAUGUAUACGCCUGGACCACUAUCUCUGUCGCCCUGGCCUGAAAGCGGAGAAGGGUCUUGUAGAUCGAG